AUGUAUGACGAAGCCGACACUGAAGCAAAAGCUAAAGGUGGCGCUGAUGGUAUUGAGAAUGAAGUCGAAAAUCGUUGCAAGGAUGAUGAUGAAGACUUCAUCGGGGCGGGGGCGGUGAAGGCGCCUGCAGCGAGGGCGCGAGUUGCAGGCGGUGACAGUUGCCGGGUGCGUUGCAGGUUCCUGUGGCGGAAGCUGCGUGAGCGCUCGGCGGCGCCGGGCUACGAGGGCGUGCUGCAGCGCGAGGAGAGCUCCGACCCGCUCGCCGUCAAGUCGCUCUCCGCCAGCGGCCACCUGCUCACGGACGAGUUGAAGACGUGUGAGUCCCAGUUCUCGGUUACGCCGGCAGACGAGAUGGAGGAUAUGACGUCACAUUCACCCCUGCUGACGUAUGGCGCCUCUACAGGGACUUUACACAACCACACGUCGCAAAGCGCCAACGGCAGCAUAAUUACGAUGACCUUGAAAAACAACCACCUAAUUGUCGAAACGGAAGAAAGAGGGGUGCGGCUGGAGGCGGGCGGUACCAAGACCACCACCACCAAGUUCAGCGCGUCGGCGUCGCCGCACCAGAACGGCGUGUUCGUGGUGGAGGUGCAGCAAGGGGGCGUGGCCGCGGGGGCGUCGGCGGGCGGCGCGGGGGCGGCGGGCUCCCAGCCCUACGCGCCCUCGACUGCGCUGUUCGCCGGCGGCGCGACGGCGGGGGCGGCGACGGGGGCGGACGCGCAGCGCGCUCAGGUACGAGAAAUUACUCAAUACCUGAAGAUUUAA